GCCGGCCGCGGCGCCGGGAGCCCGAGCGAUGCUGCGCCGCCCCGCGCCCGCGCUGGCCCCGGCCGCCGGGCUGCUGCUGGCCGGGCUGCUGUGCGGUGGCGGCGUCUGGGCCGCGCGAGUUAACAAGCACAAGCCAUGGCUUGAACCUACCUAUCAUGGAAUAGUUACAGAGAAUGACAACACAGUGCUGCUCGAUCCUCCCCUCAUCGCUCUGGAUAAAGAUGCCCCUCUGCGUUUUGCAGAGAGUUUUGAGGUGACAGUCACCAAAGAAGGUGAGAUUUGUGGCUUUAAAAUUCAUGGGCAGAAUGUCCCUUUUGAUGCAGUGGUAGUGGAUAAGUCCACAGGUGAGGGAAUAAUUCGCUCAAAAGAGAAACUGGACUGUGAGCUACAGAAAGACUACACAUUCACCAUCCAGGCCUAUGACUGUGGAAAAGGACCCGAUGGCACCGGCGUGAAGAAAUCUCACAAAGCAACUGUCCAUAUCCAGGUGAACGAUGUGAACGAGUAUGCUCCCGUGUUUAAGGAGAAGUCCUACAAAGCGACAGCUGUGGAGGGGAAGCAGUACAGCAGCAUCCUGAGGGUGGAGGCUGUGGACGCAGACUGUUCCCCUCAGUUCAGCCAGAUCUGCAGCUAUGAGAUCAUCACUCCAGAUGUGCCCUUUACUGUGGACAAAGAUGGUUAUAUAAAAAACACAGAGAAGCUAAACUAUGGGAAAGAGCACCAGUACAAGCUGACUGUCACUGCAUACGAUUGUGGGAAGAAGAGAGCCACUGAAGAUGUCCUGGUGAAGAUCAGCAUUAAGCCCACCUGCACUCCGGGGUGGCAAGGCUGGAGCAGUAGGAUUGAGUAUGAGCCUGGCACAGGAGCUUUGGCUGUCUUCCCAAACAUCCACCUGGAGACGUGUGAGGAGCCAGUUGCCUCAGUUCAGGCCACGGUGGAAUUGGAGACCAGCCACAUCGGGAAAGGCUGUGACCGAGACACCUACUCCGAGAAAUCCCUUCACCGGCUCUGUGGGGCUGCUGCUGGCACUGCCGAGCUGCUUCCUUCUCCCAGCAGCUCCUUGAACUGGACCAUCGGCCUCCCUACUGACAACGGCCACGAUAGUGACCAGGUAUUCGAGUUCAACGGCACUCAGGCAGUGAGGAUCCCAGAUGGCAUUGUGUCCCUCAACCCCAAAGAGCCCUUUACAAUUUCUGUGUGGAUGCGGCACGGGCCUUUUGGCCGGAAGAAGGAGACGAUUCUCUGCAGUUCAGACAAAACAGAUAUGAACCGACACCAUUAUUCGCUCUAUGUCCACGGGUGCAGGCUUAUUUUCCUCCUGCGCCAGGAUCCCUCUGAGGAAAAGAAAUACAAACCUGCAGAAUUCCACUGGAAGCUGAGUCAGGUGUGUGAUGAGGAAUGGCACCACUUCGUCCUCAAUGUGGAAUUCCCGAGUGUGACUUUGUAUGUGGAUGGGGUUUCUCAUGAGCCCUUCUCUGUGACUGAGGAUUACCCACUUCAUCCAACCAAGAUCGAAACUCAGCUUGUAGUUGGUGCUUGCUGGCAAGAGUAUUCAGGACUUGAAAGUGACAAUGAAACUGAACCUGUGACUAUGGCCUCCGCAGGUGGCGACCUACACAUGACCCAGUUUUUCCGCGGCAACCUGGCUGGUCUAACGGUCCGUUCUGGGAAGCUGGCAGAUAAGAAGGUGAUUGACUGUCUGUACACCUGCAAAGAGGGGCUAGACCUCCAGCUUCCUGAGGACAGUGGCCGGGGUGUGCAGAUCCAAGCCAGCCCCAGUCAGUCGGUGUUGACCUUGGAGGGAGACGAUGUUGGGGAGUUGGACAAGGCCAUGCAGCAUCUGUCCUAUGUCAACUCAAGGCAGUUCCCCACACCUGGCAUCCGAAGGCUCCGAAUCUCCAGCACUGUCAAGUGUUUCAACGAGGCCACUUGCAUUGUGGUUCCCCCAGUCGAAGGCUAUGUGAUGGUUUUGCAGCCUGAGGAGCCCAAGAUCAGCCUGAGCGGCAUCCACCAUUUUGCCCGCGCGGCUUCUGAGUUUGAGAGCUCAGAAGGCGUUUUCCUCUUCCCUGAGCUUCGGAUCAUCAGCACCAUCACAAGAGAAGUGGAGCCCGAAGGGGAUGGGGCUGAGGACCCCACGGUGCAAGAGUCCCUGGUGUCUGAGGAAAUCGUGCAUGACCUGGACACCUGUGAGGUCACAGUGGAGGGGGAGGAGCUGAAUCCCGAGCAGGAGAGCCUGGAGGUGGAUGCCGCCCGCCUGCAGCAGAAGGGCAUAGAAGUGAGCCACUCCGACCAGGGCGUGGUCUUCACAGGUGUGGACACCAUGGCCAGCUACGAGGAGAUUCUGCACCUCCUGCGCUAUCGGAACUGGCAUACCAGAUCCCUGCUUGACCGGAAGUUCAAGCUCAUCUGCUCUGAGCUAAAUGGCCGCUACCUCAGCAACGAGUUUAAGGUGGAGGUGAAUGUGAUCCACACGGCCAAUCCUGUGGAACACGCCAACCACAUGGCCGCCCAGCCACAGUUCGUUCACCCCGAGCACCGCUCCUUCGUGGAUCUGUCAGGCCACAACCUGGCCAAUCCUCACCCGUUCGCAGUUGUCCCCAGUACCGCCACGGUGGUGAUUGUGGUGUGUGUCAGCUUCCUGGUGUUCAUGAUUAUCCUGGGAGUGUUUCGGAUCCGGGCCGCACACCAGCGCAGCAUGCGGGACCAGGACACGGGGAAGGAGAACGAGAUGGACUGGGACGACUCUGCCUUGACCAUCACUGUCAACCCCAUGGAGACCUACGAGGACCAGCACAGCAGUGAGGAGGAGGAGGAGGAAGAGGAGGAGGAGGAGAGCGAGGAUGGGGAGGAGGAAGAGGAUAUCACCAGCGCUGAGUCAGAGAGCAGCGAGGAGGAGGAGGGUGGCCCGGGAGAUGGCCAGAACGCCACUCGGCAGCAGCAGCUGGAAUGGGACGACUCCACACUCAGCUACUAGCGCACGCCCCGCCCGUCCUCCCUCCCCCCGCCCAGCGCGGCCACGGUGUACAAAGUGAUUUCGGCCAGCAGGUCUGCAGACCCUCCCUCCCCCGUCGCUCCUCGUCCGCGUGCUUGGUGUGUAGGACCUUAGGCUCCGCCCUCCGCCCUCCCUCUGCCCAGUCGCUCUGCCAGCUAUGCCAGGAGCUGGCGCCUCCUCCCUGGCAGCCCCCAUGCGGCCAGCGUCCCCCGCGUGCUGCAGCAGGGCCGGGCUGACGGGUACAAGUGCCCCAUCUCACCGGGUAACCAUGGUUUCUUCCUUUCAUUUUUUUUUUUAAAGAAAGUUUUUAUUUUUUCCAAACUAGUGCAUGUACAAAAUGGCAGAAUGGGGUUAAUAUGUAGAUGACCAACUGACUUUUUAAUAUUUUGUAAAUAAAUAGGGAUUCUAUGUGUCCUUUGUGCUAGUGUAGUCCAGAAAUGUAAGUGAAGUUGAGAAAGCAAGGCACAGGGGGUCCCAGGGUUCGAGUCCCGCCUCAAGCCAGGCUGGAGAGGUCUGCCCACCCCGCCUUGUCUGGUCUCCUUGUGCGGUCAGGGUCCUAGGCUUUGGGGUGCUGCUGAUGGGACUGGGGCAGGGGUCCCUCUUUGGAAGCUGGGGGUGUCCCGGGCCUUGGAAUCCACCUGUUCGGGGGGUGGGGGGUGGGGAGUGGCGUGGGCCUUGGCUUCUCACCCUCCCUUUCCCGGUCACCCUCACCCUGCCCAGCAGCUUGGACUGGGUGUGCAAGCCUUGUAGACGAUGCUUUCCCUGCUGGCACAGGCAUGUGUGGCCGUCACCGAGCCCCGCCGUGUGCACACACCCACGGCCUGAGAGCCUGCCGCCUCCAGGCAAAGUGCUCGGGCGUCCUACACAGCCCUGCCUUCUCCUCUCCACCCCGGGUCCUGGGGGGCGCCCCUGCCGGGGGGGGGGGGGGUCGGGGAGGAAAUCUGUACCCUGGUAGCCAGGAGCCCUGCUUUGGGCUCAGUAGUCAGGUGUAAACCCACGCGAGCCUCACAUUGCCACAAGCGGGGGGUCAUGUUUGGACACCAUCCCGGGCCCCUCAUGGCUGUGUGGACGCGGACAGCUGUGCUGUGCUGUUGUGUGGCCGCCCCCCGUGUCCUGUCCCUGUAGCUGCUGUUCAGAUGAGGGAAAGACGCUAACGCAGAGCAGAAGUCCUGUGUCCCCUUUCAGAUGUGUAUAUUGAUGCUAGGUUGGAAAGUGUGUACACUACAAUAAAACUUCCGGUUCUAACUCCA